UCUUCCCACCGCCCCAUUUAAGGUGCGCUUAUAUUUUUAUGUGACAAGGCUACAUUUUCACAAGUGAGGGUAGAUGCUAUUUUUUUUCAUAAACUAGACACUUUUGCAAUCAAUCUAAUAUUAGUUAACAGUAACUGUGUUGUUUCGUUAUAUUUUUAUAAAUCUUCAAGUUUUGUGAAUUUCAACCAACAUGAGUGCCCGCAAAAUUUUGACUGUUCAUGAAAUUAUAUCGUGUUUAGAAGAAGAUAGCCGUACAAUUUCUGCUGACAUUUAUAUCACACCUCCGGAAAAUGACGAUUUGAGUGAUGAAGAUAGUGGAAGCGAGGAAACAGCGGAUAUAAGUAAUCUAGCGCGUCGGCAAUUGUUAGCCGAAGCUGAGGUUCGACGUACGGUUCCAUCGUCGGAAGGAAUUUUGGAAAAUGUGGACGGUUUUGAUCAGGAAGAAGAGGAGGAGCCCCCAACAACAUCUCAAGCCAUAGAACGACCUGCAAAAAAAGUUAAGACUAUGGUUACAAGGAAGUGGAGAUAUACAGAUAUAUCAGUAAAACCUGAAAAACAAACCGUAAUACCCGACUUUGUUUUAGAUAAAGAUAAUCCAUUACAGUUUUUUGAGAUGUUUUUUGACAACGAAGUUUUUGAACUACUGCGUUCUAGUACCGAAAAUAAUGCUAUUGCCAAAGGACACGUAAAUUUUAGACUCACGAUUGAAGAAGUAAAGAAUUUUAUAGGAAUUUUACUAUUGUCUGGUUAUAAUAACGUAUCGCGUUACAGAUUAUACUGGGAUCAGAGUAUAGAUACUCAUCACCCUGGAGUUGCUUCAUGCAUGACGCGUAAUCGUUUUGAUGAGCUUCUGCGAUUUUUUCAUGCAUGCGAUAAUAGUAGUCUCCCUCCCGAUGACAAAUUUGGUAAAGUAAGACCUCUUUGGGAUAUGAUGAAUGAAAGAUGGCUAAAAUUCUUUCCCGGUGACAAACAUUUGUCGAUUGAUGAAUCUAUGGUGCCUUAUUUUGGAAAACAUGGAACCAAACAACACAUACAUGGUAAACCUAUACGGUUUGGUUACAAAAUUUGGUCACUUUGUACACGAUUGGGUUAUCUCAUUUAUGGUGAACCAUAUCAAGGGGCUAAAACCGGCAAUACCAAUCCAAAUCUUGGAGUAGGUGGUUCCGUGGUGACUAAUUUGAUUUCCAAGCUGCCAGCCACAGACCAUUAUAGUUUUUAUACGGAUAACUUUUUUACAUCUUUGCGAUUACUGGAUGAAGUUGGUCAGAUGGGUCACGACAUCACUGGAACUCUUCGGGCUAAUAGAACUGAAGGAGCGCCGCUGAAAGAUAUAAAAGAGAUGAAAAAGACUGCUAGAGGUUCUUUUCAUCAAAUUACGGAUGUAUUAUCAAAUUCUACAUUAGUGCGUUACAAUGACAAUAACAUCGUAACUAUAGCUUCGACAGAAAGCGGUGUUCAGCCAAUCGGCAAGGUGAAAAGGUGGACCAAUAAUAAACGAAUUGACGUAGAUCAACCUCACUGUUACCAACUAUAUAAUAAAUACAUGGGCGGAGUCGACAGACUUGACCAAAAUGUUGGUAAAUAUAGAAUCGGUAUUAGACUAAAGAGGUGGUAUUGGCAAAUGAUGAUGUUUCCGAUUAAUGUGUGUGUAAAUAACGCAUACCAAUUGUACCGGCUAUCGCCAGCAGGUCAAGCUAAAGAUUCUCACGAUUUUUUAUCAUUUACAAGAUAUAUAGUACAAACUUAUUUGAUUCUUGGCAAAGCGUCAUCGUCUCUCCCAAAACGGAUCGGCAAUAAAACAGCUAUGCCUAAAAAGAAAAAUCUGCCUGAUUCAAUAAGAUUAGACGGUAAGGAUCACUACAUAAUCAGAAAUGAAACACAAGUUCGGUGCCGUGAAUGUCACAAGAAUACUAAGUUUAGGUGCAGUAAAUGUGGUGUGGGUUUGCAUCAACAUUGCUCGAAAUCUUUCCACACUGAAAAAUAAGUUUUUUUUUAUUUGUUGUUUUUUUUUUAAUCCUAUGUUUAUUGGUUUCAUAUAAUUUGUUUCAUUUUUGCCAAUUUUCUUGUCAUGUUAUAAAUAAACGAGCUCCAACAUACAUUGUGUGAAUUAUUUCUCUAUGCAUAAUCUAUAGGCAUAUUUUCCCAACGCCCCAUUUAAGGUGCGGUCCUGAAAUUCAAGUUCUAUAAAACGUAUAAAAAAUUAAUGCAUAUUUUUGUGUGUUAUAAGAGCUACUUUUUAGAUAUAUAUAAUCAAAACUACUUUUUUUUAAAAAUUUAAUACCUUGG